AUGCCGCCGAUUCGAACGAAAAAGACAUCAUCUAAAAAGACAGAUCUACAGAAGCCCAAGAGCGCUUCGAAGACUGUUCCACAGAAAAAGCAGGACACACAAUUUACGGCGCAUCUCUUCAAACCUGAGAAGGGAGCUACGAUCUCGCGGAUGUUGACCUGUUCAUUACUGGAUCUAUUUUUCGAUGACGAUUUCUUAAAUGGAGGUCCAAGGAGUACAGGUUUCAAGUAUUUCAGACCGCAAGCAGAUGAGAGUCAUAUAUACCACUACACCGAAGACGAAGACCUUCAUCUCUGGAAGCUCCCUAAAGAUCUCAACAUCGCCUUCAUCCGCGUCACCAUAAUAACACUGCUUGGCAGCACUCGGCCACAAAACCGAGCCGUCUGCGCCAUUGCUUUGAAAGUAGGAGUCUACGACGCCAAUAACGCCAUUAUAGAGGUUCCAGGAGGCGAAAAGCUGAACCAAUGUAUCAACGUGACUUUUUGGGCGACUCCUGGGAGCAAUGCGCUUCGCAGAUGCAUGUAUUGGGAGAACGUAGUGAGGUUCUUGAGGGAUGCGGCGGUUAAUGGGUUUUCGGAGGAGGGGGACUAUGCGUGGGAGAGAGUGGGCUUUAAGAGUAAGCUGAUGGAGAGGGUUUGGGUUGACUGGGGGAUUUGGGAUAAGAGUGAGAAGGAUUGGAUUAAGAGAUGGGGAUGUGGUGGAAUAGGGGUUAGGCCGUGA